UACUGCUUACGUCUUACUGCUUACGUUUUUUUUGUGUGCCAUGGGCACCUUUUUCCGUGCACCUUUUCUGGCGUUGGAUAAAAAAAACCCGAAAGCGGAGCCUGACCAUUAUCCUUCAUUUCAUUAGGAAAAAAAUAAAAAUAAUUUAAUUAUUAAAUCAUAAAAGAGAGAUAGUUUUAUCUUAUAGAAAAUUAGUUGACGCUGUGCCUAAAAGUGUUAUCUAAAGUUGAGGUCAUAUUACAUUCCAUAUGCAAAAUUCACUAAUGUCUUAUAAGUUAUCUUGAAUAAUAAAAUGGAUUUUGGCACUUUGAUAAACGUUGCACAAAAGAAUGAAACGAAAAAACAAAUCGUUCCAUGCUAUCAAACAAAAUUUACACCACCGAAAAAACAGAUUAAACAAUCUAAAACUCUUUCCGAUAAUAUCAAGAAAUUUCUCGCUCGAAAGGAAGAAGAGGAGAGACAGAAAGCCUUAGAAGAGAAAAGAAAGAGAGAGAAUCUCCUAGCUUUACGAGAUUCUAAGGCUCAAAGUCGGAUAAAUAAACACUUGAAAGUAUGUAAAGCAGCAAAUAAGUCAGUAAUUGCGGAUGCCAUUGAUAGUGAAAAUACAGCUAUUACUAUAGCAGGUCCUUCUCAACCUGAUGAAGAUGAUUAUGGAUACGUAUCGCAAGAAGCUUCUACAUUUUACAAUCAGUUAAUGAACAAAUAUAAUAGUUUACCCCCAGAGAAACCUAUUUUUAAUAAUAGUGAGAAAAGAACAAUAAAGGAUAUUGCUUCUACAAAGGAUAGAGUAAAACAAGCUUUAAAACAGCAAGAACUCGAGGAGAGUAGUGGACAUAGGCGCAAAAGGAAAUCAACUACAAAUGUAAAAGAAGCUGAAAUUGAUGAAAAAAUGGAAAAGAACGUUGCUGAUAAAAUCAAAGAAGAAGGCAAGGACGAAAAGCCGAAACCGAAGAAAAAGUCAUUACCACCGCCUAUGGGUUUCGCAGAACUUUUAAAACUUGCAGAGAAAAAACAGCAUGAGCCUGUAAUGGUAGAAGUUAAACCAAAAGUAGAAGAGGAACGACCAAUGACAAAACGUCAAAAAAUGGAAUAUAUACAGGAAAGAGAAAGAAAGGAGCAACGAGGGAAAAAAGAUUUAGAAACAGAUAAAAAAAUAAACAUUACAAGUGCAUUAAAUAAAUCUAAUAAAACACAAUUAAAUAAAAUUCCCAAGAUUAAUGAAAAAUCUCCGAUCUUAAAUUCAAUAUUAAAUAAAAACUCUUCCAAAGUUGCGACAACUAUCUCUAAAAAAAUUAUCGACAAAUCCAAUGAAAAACAUAACGCGGAAAAAUGUAACUCAAGCAAAACCUCAUCUAAAAACGAAUUAUUAGAAGAACGAAAAAAAUUAGAAGCUGAGAGAAGACAACUGGAAGAAAUGCGACGCGUUAUAGAAGAAGAAAAGAAAAAAUUAGAGCAAAGUAAAAAUAAACAGGAAGAUAUAAAGUCUCACUCUUCUAAUAAAGAAAUGGUAAAAUCCAAAGGGAAUAGUAUAGAUAAACAACAAAUAUCCAAAGAACAAAUUAAAACACGACAAUUUCCACUUUUGGAUUUGAAAUCAUCACAUUCGUCGUUAGCUAAUAAUAGAUUAAAACAAAAUCCACCACCUGAUAUAAAAUCCAUCAAAUCUAAAGAAAUUAUUAAAAAACCUCUUACAUCCAACAAACGGCGUAUCUAUGACGAGGACGAAGAUUCAGAUUUGGAUGAUUUCAUAGAUGAUGGAUCAGACAAUAAUGAGGAAGAUUAUAGUAAACAUAUUAGCGAAAUAUUUGGCUAUGAUAAAAGCAAAUAUAAACAUCUCGAUAAUGAAGAUGACACUGCUAUGGAGAGUAAUUUUGCACAACAACUAAAGGAAGAAUACAUAUCCACCAAAAUAGGAAUUAUGGAAGAUUUAGAAGAUAUGCGUAUGGAGGCAUUAGAAAAACAGAAAAAAAAUCUUCUUAAGAAAAAGUUUAGAAAAUAGUACAAAAUAUUUUGACUUUAUAUAUAUUUAUAUUUAUUAUCUCUUACGAUUUUGAUAUAUAUUGAAAAUAUUUAAGUUGUAAAAGUAUAUAAAAGUAUAUAAAAGAUAUAAGUAUAUAAAAGAAUAAACUUUGUUUAGAGGAA